AUGCAGAUCAAGAUUCGCAUGCAAGAGUUGAGCGACACGAUGUAUGAUACGUCUGUGUACCAAGGACUAUCGCCAUACACGGUCAACGUCAACGGCGUUCUUUUACCCCGACUGGACGGAGCGUCGUCGCAAGAGAAGCCAUCUGAGCUUGUGUCCACGGCGACGACUGAAGCCAACUUGAAAAGCAUCGCUCAUGGGCUUCUAGAUUCCAGCCCACUCUUACUCACCGGCCUUGCGGGUUCAGGUAAGACGCUGCUCACGCGUCACUUUGCGUGGCAGCUUAACAAGCUCGACAAGAUGGUCACUCUCCACUUGAACGAGCAGAGCGACGCGAAGCUACUGAUUGGAAUGUACACUACCGGGGCAAAGCCAGGAACCUUCAGCUGGCGAGCCGGUGUCCUUACUACAGCUGUACGAGAAGGAAGGUGGAUAUUUAUUGAAGACCUGGAUCGAGCACCGAACGAGGUCAUCAGCACCCUUCUCCCACUCAUUGAGCGCGGCGAACUGCUCAUCCCCAGCCGAGGAGAGACUGUCCGAGCGGCACGAGGCUUCCGCAUUAUUGCGACCAUGCGAAGCACACUCAAUCCGCGUGGCCAAGAGAUUAUACCACGCCAAAACAUGAUCGGCCACCGAUUCUGGAAUUCAAUCACCGUGCAGAUGCCACAACUGGACGAGUUCCGACAAGUGAUUCACGCUAAAUAUCCCCCUUUGCAGAAACAUCUCCCAGGGAUCAUGCAAGUCUAUUCUCGAUUACUGCAACUGUACUCGGACGCCAAAUUCUCUUCCGAGAACGGGACAUCUCUGCGAGCCAUGACACCGCGAGACUUAUUAAAGUGGUGCGACCGGAUGGCUGUGCUACUUUCACAAGCUGCAACUUACAGCUCAGCGCAAAAAGACGACAUUUUCAUGGAGGCUUUUGAUUGCUUUGCAGGCAGUCUUCGCAGCGAGACGGCGCGCUUGAUGGUUAUGGAAUGUGUAGCUGAAGAACUUCACAUCGAUUCUCAGCGACGUGAUCAUUUGCUCAAAAAUCGUGAGGUGAAGCUUCAAAUGCCAACGAAGAACACAGCUUCUGGCACUCUUCAGAUCGGACGCGCUAGGCUAUCAAGACACAAAUCCUCAAAACGGAGUGGUUCAGGACGGCCAUUUUCUACCAAUGACUACACUCUGCGCCUCUUGGAGAAGAUUGCUGUAGCAGUGGACCGACAAGAGCCACUUCUACUAGUGGGUGAGACUGGUACUGGAAAAACAACCUGUAUCCAGUACCUGGCCGAGCAGCUUGGCCGGAAACUUGUAGCUUUCAACUUGUCUCAGCAAAGCGAGAGUGGGGACCUAAUUGGUGGUUUCAAGCCUGUCAACGUUCGCAGUCUGGUGAUUCCGCUCAAAGAUGAGUUCGACGAGAUCUUCGACACGACAUUUUCGAGAAAGAAGAACCUGCGCUUCCUCGAAAUGCUCGGUAAACGCGUGGCCAAGGGUGACUGGAAGCGUGUAUGCUCACUGUGGCGUGAGGCUUUGAAGAUGGUGGACGCAGCCAGAAAGUCGCAUGAAUCACGGACUUCGUCUCCAGACUCAGACGGUGGCCAGCCUAAGAAGAAGCGGAAGAUGGACUCAUUACCCGUAAACUUUCCGACGGCACGAUGGGAGAAAUUUGCGGCCGAUCUCCAUGACCUCGAAGCCCAGCUUGCCAGUGGUUCCGAAGCCUUUGCUUUCUCCUUUCUAGAAGGAAAUAUCGUCAAAGCAGUCAGAAACGGAGACUGGGUGCUUCUCGAUGAAAUCAAUUUGGCUUCUUCUGACACCCUAGAGGCGCUCACAGACCUUCUCGGCGGUGGUCCAGACGGUAACCCAUCCAUUCUUCUAACAGAGACUGGUAACAUUGAAAGAGUGGUAGCGCAUCCCAACUUCAGGGUGUUUGCAGCCAUGAAUCCUGCAACCGAUGUAGGGAAGAAGGAUCUGCCGCCGGGCAUUCGGUCGAGGUUCACCGAGCUCUAUGUUGAGAGUCCAGAUGGUGACGAGAAGAGCCUACGCAACAUCGUGGAGAAGUAUCUGGGCAGCGAUGGUACAGAUCCGGCGAUUUUGCGGGUAUCGCGAGAUGUCACCAGUCUCUACCUUGAGAUUCAAAGGCUGACCAAAGCGAACAUGCUUGUGGACGGCGCGGAUCAAAAGGCCCACUUCAGUCUGCGAACUUUGACACGAACCCUGUCGUAUGCAAGAGACAUCGCGCCUUUGUGCACUCUUCGCAGAGCGCUCUACGAAGGCUUCCACAUGAGCUUCUUGACAUUUCUCGGAAAGGCUUCUGAGGAUACUGUUGCUCCUCUCAUCACCAAGCAUCUAUUUCCACAAAAGGCUUCAAUGAAGGCCGAACUUGGGAAGCCACUUCAACAGCCAUCUGAUGGCCGAGGCUAUGUCAGACAAGGCCACUAUUGGCUCCGACAGGGCGCAUUCGAGGUCGAAGAACAAUCGCACUACAUCAUCACACCCUUUGUACAGCGCAACAUGAAUAAUCUAAUUCGUGCUGCCUCUACGCGCAAGUACCCUGUCUUGAUUCAGGGACCUACGUCUUCGGGCAAGACAAGUAUGAUCGAGUAUCUGGCGAAACGCUCCGGCAACAAGUUCGUCCGCAUCAACAACCACGAACAUACCGACCUGCAGGAAUACCUCGGCUCAUACAUCUCUGGCGCUGACGGCAAGCUUACAUUCCAAGAGGGUAUCCUUGUGAGGGCUCUACGGGAAGGCCACUGGAUAGUGUUGGACGAACUCAAUCUAGCGCCCACGGAUGUUCUCGAAGCACUCAAUCGUCUGCUCGAUGACAACCGUGAACUUCUCAUACCCGAAACACAACAAAUCGUCCGACCCCACGAAGACUUCAUGCUUUUUGCGACUCAAAAUCCAGCAGGCCUGUACGGUGGACGAAAGGUUUUGUCACGGGCUUUCCGCAAUCGUUUCCUUGAGCUUCAUUUCGACGACAUACCGGUAGAAGAACUCACUGAGAUUUUGCAUCGACGCACUAUGAUUCCGGAAACUUGGUGUAAACGCAUCGUCAAGGUCUACCGGGAGCUCUCCACUCUUCGACAAGAGAACCGCAUAUUCGAACAAAAGAGCUUUGCAACGCUGCGAGAUCUGUUCAGAUGGGCGCAGCGCAAAGCAGACACGAUUCAAGACCUCGCUAACAACGGGUAUAUGCUUCUUGCGGAGCGUGUGCGAAAGGAGGAAGAACGAGUCGCUGUCAAGAAGGUCAUGGAAACUGUCAUGAGUGAGAAGGGGCCUAAAGUCACGAUCGAUGUGGAGCAGCUGUUCAGUCCGGACAGCUUGUCGAAUAUCGAAGGGCUCAAUAAAGGUACAGCGAUAGCCAACACUGAUGUCGUCUGGACUCGGGCAAUGCGCAGGCUAUCUGUUCUUGUUGCGCACGCACUUCGCAACAACGAGCCAGUUUUACUCAUUGGAGAGACAGGCUGCGGUAAGACAACUGUCUGCCAGUUGCUCGCCGACCAUUUCAACAACCAACUGCAUAUCGUCAACGCUCAUCAGAACACGGAAACUGGCGACUUGAUUGGUGCACAACGACCCAUCAGAAACCGAUCUGCCAUUGAGGAACUGGUGAGAGAGCAGGUGCUGGAGGUGCUCUCUAGCAUACCGAAUGACCUCAUCCAAGAUGACACGGCUCAACUGAGCUACGAAGAGCUCUUGGCACUCUACGACAGGAUAGCUGGGGAAGCUUCUGACUCACUACCAGAGGACGCUCGUAAGACUAUACUCGUCAACAGAGUCAAGGCUGGUGCAUUGUUCGAAUGGGCAGACGGCAGUCUAGUGCAUGCAAUGAAGCAAGGUCACUACUUCCUUCUAGAUGAGAUCUCGCUGGCUGAUGAUUCCGUGCUUGAGCGCUUAAACAGUGUUCUUGAACCAUCGCGUACCCUUCUGCUAGCCGAGAAGGGACCCACAGACUCUUCAAUCAUAGCCAGCGAUGGCUUUCAGUUUCUCGCCACCAUGAACCCAGGUGGGGAUUAUGGCAAGAAGGAGCUUUCGCCCGCGCUUCGCAAUCGAUUCACUGAAAUCUGGGUCCCUGCAAUGUCUGAUCUUGAUGAUAUUCUGGAGAUCGUGCGAUCCAAGCUGAAGCCAGGCUUGGUGCAACAUGCCGGGGUCAUCGUCUCAUUCUCGCAAUGGUUCAACGACAAGUACAAUACCUCUGUCUCAUCUUCGAUCUCCAUUCGUGAUACGUUGGCUUGGGUUUCGUUCGUCAACAACUCUGCUCAUGCGGAUCCAAUUUUCAGUAUUGUGCAUGGUGCUGCGAUGGUCUUCAUAGACACGCUUGGCGCUAACCCAGCAGGUCUGUUGGCCAUUUCUGCCACAUCCAUUCAAGACGAGAAGAAGGCUUGCCUCCAUCAUCUGAGCAAGCUUCUCGGAAAAGAUGUCACCCCAGCGUAUUUCGGUGCCGUAGACAUCAUCAGCACGGAGCAAACUUUCCAACUGGGAUCGUUUUCCAUCCCAAAGUUCUCGUCAGCUGCAUCACAGUCGUCUAGCUUUGCACUCGAAGCCCCGACAACACGAUCCAAUGCCAUGCGAGUGGUUCGCGCACUCCAACUCGCCAAGCCUAUUUUACUGGAGGGUAACCCUGGUGUGGGCAAGACCACGCUUGUUACCGCUCUUGCUAGAGCCAUUGGCAAACCGCUGACCCGACUCAACUUAUCCGAGCAGACAGAUCUCAUGGAUCUCUUUGGCUCAGACGUGCCUGUAGAAGGCGGCGCAGCAGGUACUUUUGCAUGGCGAGACGCACCAUUCUUAAAAGCGAUGAAGAACGGUGACUGGGUACUCCUGGAUGAAAUGAAUCUGGCAUCGCAAUCCGUACUGGAAGGUCUCAACGCGGUGCUUGAUCAUCGUGGUGAAGUUUACAUUUCAGAACUCGACCAGACCUUCCACAAGCACCAGGAUUUCAGGGUCUUUGCAGCGCAGAACCCACAUCAUCAGGGUGGUGGUCGUAAAGGUCUCCCCGCUUCAUUCGUCAAUCGUUUCACGGUCGUAUAUGCAGACGUAUUCCGCCCAGAGGAUCUGACGCUUAUUUGCAGAAAGGUCUUUCCUAGCAUUCAAGAAGAGGAGGUCACUAAGCUCAUACGAUUUGUGGCCGAACUUGACGAACAAGUAGUCAUCCGUCGUGCAUUCGGCAAUCUUGGUGCACCAUGGGAGUUCAAUUUACGCGAUACGUUGCGCUGGCUUCAGCUUCUGGCAUCGACAGAGUUCCCUGGUUCAGCAAGCGACUUCCUGGAUACAGUUUUCGUACAACGCUUUCGCGCCGAGAGUGAUCGCAACCGAUUGCGUAAACUGUUUGAGAGCCAAUAUGGAGCCCACGAGCCUCGAAUGAGCCUAUUCCACAACUUGAGCACCAAUGCUGUACAGGUUGGCCUUGGUCUGCUACGUCGAGACACCGCAGUCACGCGCCCGGAUACUGUGUCAGCCCUCAAAGUCUCGCAACUUGGUCCUAUGGAAGCCCUGCUCAUAAGUGUCAAACAAAACUGGCCAGUUAUCGUCGUCGGGCCGCCUGGCUCGGGAAAGACAGCUAUGAUCAAUCAACUGGCUAGCUUUAUCGGCGCUGAUCUUGUCACGUUUUCUAUGAAUGCAGAUGUUGAUGCUAUGGACCUGGUGGGUGGAUACGAGCAGAUUGAUCCUACACGAGAGGUCCAUCAGUAUCUUCAGAAGAUCGAAGAGCUUAUCAGAAACCGCAUUGCAAGCUCUGAAAGACCCCUCCUGGCCCACAUCGAGCUGCUUGAGCUUCUUCAAGCUGCCUCUACGAACCCCGCUGAAAAUUUCAUGAUGCGACUUCUUGGAGUACUUGCUAGGCCUGAAAUAGGAGCAGCAGAUCUGGCUCAAGGCUUGCAAACGUCUCUUCAGGCGUCCAUUGAGCAGAUUGAUGGUGCCCGAUUCCAGUGGGUAGAUGGCAUUCUAAUCCGUGCGCUGGAACAGGGCAAGUGGCUGGUCCUUGACAAUGCCAACCUCUGCUCGAGCGCUGUCCUCGAUCGCCUGAACUCACUCCUGGAGCCUAAUGGCUACCUGUCCAUCAAUGAGCAUGCUACAGCUGACGGCGAAGCACGCAUUGUACAACCACAUCCGGACUUCCGAAUUUUCAUGACGAUGGAUGCAAAGUAUGGAGAGCUAUCGCGAGCCAUGCGAAACAGGGCUGUCGAGAUAUGCCUAUUGGAGCCAGGCCACGAGUUCAUCCGAACAAACAAGCCCAUUAUACAGUAUCCACUCGACUCGACUGUGUAUCGAUAUCGCCAGUUCCAAGAACAAGAGCAGCGUAUGGCGAUCACAUUAGAGCAGCGCUUUGAGCACUUGGGGCUUCAAGAUAAUGAGCUGUUGCCGAGCUUUACUAAGCAGGCCCUCCAAGGGCUUGUGGAAAUAUCUCCCAUACUCACAAACGGAUUCGACAACCAUGACACCAUCCAAGUAGUAUCUACGAACCCGACAGCGAAACUUGGAGAUCGAGUGUCUCACUUUGCGCGCUUCUUGGAAAAGACCUGGUCACCACAUGCGCAAUCAAUUACACGACAUCUUGGAGCCGAUGACAUGACAACGCUUGUUUCAUUCCACCUUUUUGGCAAUGAACUUUUUCUCCAUUGCACAGAAGUAUCGAAGGCUCUUUGUAAUUGGGGAACCUCAAUGUACGAGAUUAUGCUCGAUGUGUACAACAUGCAAACAGCGAUCCAGGACCUUCCAUCCGCCCGCUUCGAGCGGAGGAAAGAGAGGCAGAAGCUGCCAGCUUUCUUAUAUGCGUAUUGGCAAGGUCUUGUCAAGGUUGUCGAAGGUUUUUGGGGUGCGCUCCAAGAAAGUCAGCACUACGACCCCGCGUUCCUGAAGCCGUUGCGAACAUUGUUCUGGGCAUUUCAUGCCCUUGCCACUUCCACUACAUUCGAUCGCGCGACAUUCCAGACUUAUCUGAAGAUGCUUGCUUCCGCUAUUCCUACCACAUCCAUAGAGGUAGCUCCGCUCAUCAAGUCGAUGUCUACGACCCUCUCCAAGCAAAUUGCGGUCUUCGGAUCCGACGUUCAAUUAACCACUGGUCUGGGCAUGGAAAGUAUCUGGCGCGUCUUCAAACCAUCAACACCCAAAACUCAGAGUCAGCUAAAGGCUAUUCUUGAGCUUGAAAAUCUGGCUGAUAUGCUUGAUGCCAUGAUGUGGCGGUCAAACUUACGCGUAGACGAGAUGGUACAGAUGCGCGAGCGCAUAACCAGCUCUUUAGAUCUCGUGCGAGGUGAUCACGUUGACGCGCGAGAGCUUAUCGCUGCACUCCACGCAGCUGUACAAGAGCUUGAGGAAGGAAUCAGUGAAGACAACGUAGUAAUCACUCCGUACUUUGAGGAAGAGUUCGAAGGUCUCUGCCAAUUCUUGGAUGUCGCAUUCAAUCAUGAGUCUAUCGAGCGAUACACGUCACCUACACCUGUUGCUGUAGCCACGCGCGCAAAAUCAAGCUUGUUUGCUCGUCGACCCACAAAACUUGAAAACAUCGCAGUCGGACGGCCUGGUCACGCUUCAGAGACUUUUGCCAAGGUCUAUCGCCACCUAGGUCUCACACGCCAGGUAGUCAAUUCCAUGGUACUACAAGGGCGUUUCCAUACGUCGGUUCUAGGGAAAUUGUACGGCGCAGACGAAGUGCACCUUGCGCAGCUUGAUCGUUUCGAGACUGAACUACAGGUGCUUGCACAGCAGCUUUCACUCGACGCCGGUCGCAUUACAUAUGAUCAGUCGGCUGCCUUGGAUAGACUCUACGAGGAUAUCUACAAUCAGCUCAUUGCGUCCCAUUCUGCCGAUAUCGUCAAUGAUGCAAACUCGGAUGGACUCAUUGUAUCUUUGGAAGCAGAAAUGACCAACCUAUACCGUUCAACCCUGGAAGACGGUAUUGCAAAGUGCUUUAGGGCACCGGGCUCUGUUGUUGAUGCAGCAGCUUGGAUCCAUCUAGGAUUAUUUGGUUUGCGUUUAUACGUACCCAACUACCCACAUGAUCCUGCGCUCAGGCCUAUGAUUGAACGCGACAUGUUCAACGCAGAGAAAAAUUCUCUCCUGCAGGCACUCGAUGCCUUGAGACAGUUCCAACUCGAUACCACAGGCCAAGACACAAGUUUCCGCAUCCGAAAGGUCAAGAAAGUGCUUGACAACAUGGGCCAAGAACCACCUGUACCGGCUAUCGUUCGUCCAGAGAUCUCUUCUCUCGAUGAUCUCCAGGGCGAGUUCAUGAAUUUGCUCAGCACUAUAAAACCGCUCCUCAAUCGAUCGAUGUCAGUUCAAGAGGCGGCUCGUGAUGUCACAUUACAACAGAACAUCCUCCGCAUUAUCCAGCGCAUCACAGAAGGAUAUCGGGCGUAUGACGAUAUCACAGAUACCGCCGUGGGCUUCCUCAUAUGCUUGCAGAUUGGUCUCAUCAUGGGCCAAAGAGAAGAAGAAAAGAAAGCACAAAGCCCCGUCAGCAACAGUUUGGCGUACAUGUCCUCAAAGUCUCCAUUCUUCGGAAGGUUGGAGCCAUUGGAAAAGUCAGAGUGUUUGUUACGGUCGAUGGAGGAGGCAUUGGGCCAGCGCGGCCAUGCAAUCGAUCUCAGGUGGCACACAUUACACUCGAUACAGCUGCUAAAGAGUACCGAUCCGGCAGCUAUGACGACUUACGCGGCGAGGAACCUUUUGCAUGAUCUUUUCUCCAGUUUAUACGGAGAUUGGAAAACCAAGCUUCUCCAGGACCAAGAGAAGGAGGCACAAAAUUCAAGUCUGUACACUUAUCGAGGGAUGGACGAUGACGAUGAUGAGGAAGAUCUUUCCCUCUUUCCUGACUACGAGGCCGACCAGGAGCAACAAGACAUGCCGCCCCGGCUACCAUCUAGCUCCCGGGACCAUGCCAUUCGACUUGCCAACAUCCAUUCCGAACUUUUCCUUGAUGGGCGGGAUGCAACAGAUUCAGUCAAAUCUUUGAUAGGCUGGUGCGCGACAGAGCUCAAUCGUAUCUCGGAUGGCAAGGCACACUGCAGCAAGCACGAAGAUGCCUUGCCAGUCAUUUACCUCGCGCUGGAAAAGAAGGUCAAAGAUUUAUCUUACAUCGGCACCGCAAGGACCUACAAUUUCUACUUCGAUCCCAACCUUUCUGAAGCGAAGCGACUCAUUGCGCUAGUCCAGCGCAUCCAGAUCCGCUACCGCCAGAUACGCAAUGUUUGGCCCGAACAUGCCACACUAUCUGACGUCCUGCGCACAUGCGACGAAGCUCUGGAGUUCCGACAUGUCGACCCCGUGGCGAAAUUCAUAACCAAGGCCGAAAAGCUUUACGCGUACAUGCACGAGUGGCAGAAGGUCGCAAGCAAAGAGUAUAGUACUGCUAGUCUUUAUGAUGAUCUUACAAAGCUUCUCGUCAGUUGGAGAGAACUUGAGCUUACGACUUGGGCUCGAUUGUUUGAUAUGGAAGAAGAAAAGUACCGCGACGAUGCAAAGAGUUGGUUUUUUGUUGCAUAUGAGACGGUUAUCGCCGCAUCGGAGAGUGUUGAGGACGAAGGGGCUUUGCAGACACAUGCCAAGGAUCUCCUCAAGUCACUUGAAGGCUUCUUUGAGACAACAACGCUUGGACAAUUCGAGCAGCGCAUCAAGCUCCUGCAACAACUUCGCCAACACGCUGCCAUGCGCAUGCAGGAGUUUGAUGCAUUCAAGAUCCUGCAUUUAGCGCUCGACAACUUCAUUGCCUACUAUUCCCGCCUCGAGAAGCCUGUGCAUGAAACGCUCGCCAAAGGCCGACAAGUUCUGGAAAAGCAAAUCACCGAUGUCAUCAAACUCGCAAGCUGGAAAGAUACGAACAUAGAAGUGCUGAAGCAAAGCGCAAAGACGAAUCAUCGGAAACUCACCAAACUAGUGAGGAAGUUCCGAGCUCUGCUCAAUCGUCCUAUCUCUAGUAUCAUGACAAACGGCUUCCCGGAAGAGAUUCAUUUGGUGCAGGACAUUACUAUUGAGACGGUUGGCACAGCUGUCAACCCUGAAGCUGUAGAAGUUUGCACAAGCAGUAUUCCAGAUUGGUCAGGGCGACCCACGCGUUUCAAGAACCUUGGUGUUACAGUGUCGAUGAUGCGUAACCUUGCAGUCCCCAGGACUGAGAGUGUCGACGGCGCGUCACAUAUCAGUGACUUCAUCGCAGAGCUUUCGAGCUCGAUUAUUGAGCUUCAAAAGGCCACUCCUACGACAUUGACCGAGGAGAACAAAGCAUCAGUGCAGCAUCUGAAAACCCAGAAGCGCAAGCUUUACGCCGACACAAUGAAGGAGCUGCGUCAGAUGGGUAUUAAUUCUAAUCUCAGUGUUGAUACUCUGGCGAAGCAAGAUGAACUCUCAACGAUCCUCUCCACGAUACCGCUCGUCAAGGGUGGCGAAGACACUGGGCGUGCAGCGGAAUACCAUUUGCACAAGGCACUCAACAUCAUGCCUCAAGUCCGUGCCGUGACUAGAGAGCACUCAGGCGAUCUUACGGCCAAUGAUGUGGCCAGAAGUAUUGGAUAUCUGGAGGGCUUGCUACAUGCUUCCAUUCGGCAACGAACAGUGUUAAGCAAAGCUGCGCAAAGCCUUGAACUCGCAAAGGUUCCAGUCUCGCUUGUUAAAAGUUUGUGUCAGACAGAGCAUGGUAAAAUUACUUGGAUGUCUGAGCAACAAGCUGGAGUCACAUCUUCCUUACAGCCCCAACUCCGAUGGCUCGCUGCCAUGCUCCAAACAGGUACUGAUGUUGUCAACGCCCAAGCCAAGUUAGGCAAGACAAACGAGCUGGAUGUAUUGAUCCGACACAUGCGCGAAUGGACCGUCAAGAUCAAAGGGCUCGCUGAUGCCUACGAUCAGUUGCCCAUAUUGCCACUCAACGUCAAGUCGGAUGCUCAUCAAACGCUGAAUCAGUCCGUCGGAGCUCACCUGAGAGACCUGCAAACUUUGUUUGGAGACUGGAUUCGCGAAAGCGACAUGGCUAGAACCGUGCUGCGUCAUAUCAAGCCAUUCCUCUUUCACUAUGCAGAAUCUGGAAUCAUUAGUUUUUCGGAAGACGCACGCAUCACAGUCGAGUCCCAUGCAAAAGACAUCUUUGCGUCUCUGGAUCUUGUUCUCGGAUCUAUGCAAGACGUUGAAGUGGCAAUGAAGAACAUACCGGAUUCGAUUGACGAUACAUCGUGGCUUGUCAAAGAAGAACAGGCGGUUUCAGCCGCCCUCAGUGCCCUGCAUGCUCCUCAAAUUAGUACUGCUUUACAAAGUCUGCUAGACGGUAUACAGUACCUUUACGAAGAUACUAGCGUGCAAAGGAUUGCUGCAUUGUUUGCUUCAGUCAAGCCUAUACUGGAUCAGUAUGUGGCAACGCAUGAGUACCUUGUCAAGCGUUUCGACGCACUACAUGCAUCAACUGCCAAUCUCCUCCAUCGCUUGUCAAAAUCUUUCAUCCAAAUCGGUACACAGGGUUUCUGUCAGCCCCCUGAAAAGUCGAAUGAUCCUCAAAAGGGUAAAGAUGAGAAGCUCGAAGCUGGCACCGGUCUUGGCGAAGGCGAAGGUGCGGAAGACAUCUCCAAAGACAUCGAAGACGAUGAAGACCUGGAGGAUCUGGCUCAGGAGCAGAAGGGCGAGCGUGAAGGUAGUAUCGAAGACCAAGAAGACGCGGUCGACAUGGGUGAACAAGAGAUGGAGGGUGAGACUGAAGAAGUGGGCGAAAAGGAAGACAAGGGUGAUGAAUCUGGGGAGGAAGGAGACGAUGAUGCGCAAAGCGAAGUCGGCAGUGUUGAUGAUCUUGGUCCCAGUGCUGUCGAUGAGAAAAUGUGGGAUGACGGUAGCAAGGAAGACGACGCGAAAGACAAAGAGGGGAAACAGGAUGUCGGUACAGAAGAUCAAGAUGAACAAGUAGCUGCCGAACAGAAGGAAAAAGAGAAGGGCGGCGAGGAUGGAGACGAAGAGGACAAGGAGGAAAAGAAAGAGGGCCAAGAAGAUGAGGAGAUGGAAAUGGAAGGUGAAGAUCAGGAGGAGAACGUCGGUGUUGGAGAGAAGGAACAGAUGGAUCCGCAUGCUAAAGAAGAAGAGACACUUGAUUUACCCGAAGAUCUGAACAUGGAUGGACAAGAUGACGAGGGCAAAGAGGACGACGACUUCGGGGAUAUAGAUAUGGGCGACGAUCUACCGGAAGAUGAGAUGGAACCCGAUGUCGACCAAGGGCAGCCUGAUACUAUCGACGAAGACAUUGGCCCUGAGCAAGAAGGUGAAGAGGAAAAGGACACCACCGGCCAUGUUGAAGAUGAAGAGCAGCCCGAAGGAGAGCAAGAGGACGAAGGAGAUGAACUCAUGGACGACGAAGCUAUACCUCUUCCAGACGAAAACAUACCAGAUGAUGAGACUAGCGACGUAAAAGACACCGAUCAGGCUGAUCCUAACGCCGAGGCAGGUGCAGGUACGGAUGCAAACGAAGAAGCUCACAAGAAUAAGAAGGAACAAGCUUCUGCAAGUGCUGCAAACCAGGAUGAAGGCCAGGAAGGAGAGCGUUCUGAUCAACAGCAAGUGCCGACGACUGACGACGGACAACUGGGAGAGACAGCGGCGCCUGAUGCGGGCGGUCAAGGCGAGCAGCCUGAGGAGUCUCGCGAGAAGCAGUCGUUCAAGAAACUGGGCGAUGUACUAGAAAAGUGGUACAACCAGCAGAAGCAGAUCCAGGAUGCUCGCGAAAAAGAUGGGACGCAAGCACAACAGAUCGAUAAAGAGAUCGACCUGGCUGAUGCAGACUUCGAGCACUUGGGAGAUGAAGAGGAGCAGGCCGAUACACAGGCAUUGGGCACCGCGACCGAGGAGCAGGCUAAGACCUUAGAUCAUGACAUGGCUUUGCCGAUGAAUGAGGAAGAUGAGAAGAUCGCGACUCGGCCUGAAGACAAUGACGAAGAGAUGACCGGGGCUGACAAGGAUGUUGACAUGGAAGAUGCUGAGCAGACACAAGACCACGAUGAAGAAGCUCAGCAGCCACAAUCCAACGCGAUGGAAGGUCAGCCGCAAGCCUUCGUUGGCGAGAAACGACCGUUCCCUGACCAAGAAGACGAAAACAUGGCCGACGCCGUCCCACUCGAAGACGACGACGCAGCAUCCACCACGUCUUCAGCCGAAAACAUCGAAGCCCAGCUCUCACUAACGCAUCUAGACCCUUCAACAAUGGACCCAACUUCCGCACGUGCUCUUUGGCUCGCCCACGAGGCUUCCACACAUUCUCUCUCUCAACAGCUGACGGAGCACCUCCGUCUCAUCCUUGCACCAACUCUCGCCACUAAGUUGCGCGGUGACUUCCGCACCGGUAAACGUCUCAACCUCAAGCGCAUCAUCCCGUACAUCGCAUCGGGCUACAAGCGCGACAAGAUCUGGCUCCGACGCAGCAUGCCAAGCAAGAGAAGCUACCAAGUCAUGAUCGCCCUCGACAACAGUGGCAGUAUGGCCGACAGCGGAGCCAGCAAUCUUGCACUCAAGACUCUCACGCUCGUCACCCGCUCGCUCUCUAUGUUAGAAGUCGGCGAAGUAUCUGUUGUUGGCUUCGGCGACCAUGUCAACGUCGCCCACGAUUUCGACAAGCCCUUCACCUCUGAAGCCGGCGUCCGCGUCUUCGAACAAUUCGGUUUCGACGCAAAGAAGACCAAUGUCCGGGGCCUCGUCGACAAGAGUCUCCAGCUAUUCAAAGACGCCAGACAAAAAGGGUCGAGCUCGGCUGGCGAAGAUCUUUGGCAGUUGAUGCUCAUCGUCAGUGAUGGUUUGUGCGACGACCACGCCGAGAUCCAACGUCUGGUCCGCAAAGCACAGGAAGAGCGCGUCAUGAUCGUUUUCAUCAUCAUCGAUAGCUCUGGUGCUGCGCCUUUUGUGCCCAUGCCUACUCAAAGCGACAACCCUGGUGCGCAGCCACCUGCGCCGCAGAAAGAGCAGACGAAAACUUCCAUCUUGGAUCUGCAGUCCGCAGUCUUUACACCAGAGGGAAAGAUUGUAAGAUAUAAGUACAUGGAGCAGUUUCCAUUUAGGUAUUAUUUGGUGGUCAGGGAUGUUAGGGAGUUGCCGGGUGUGCUCGCUGGAGCGUUGAGACAGUGGUUUGGAGAGGUGGCUGGGAGUGUUUAA